AUGGCUGGCUUUAACCGCUUUGGCUUUAUGGCCAUUGCGGUCGUUUUCCAUAUCGUCUAUAUUUUCUCAAUCUUCGAUGUUUACUUUGUCAGCCCAAUCGUCUCGGGCAUGCGACACUUCAAGGUCGAGCGUCCUGAAGCUGCCAAAGCCCCUGCAGACCGGCUCGUCCUCUUCGUUGGUGACGGACUACGCGCCGACAAAGCCUUCCAACAGCACCCCGAGCCAUACCCCGAGUCCGAAGAAGAUCUUGCCCCCCGCCAUCUCGCUCCCUUCCUGCGCUCGCGAGUCCUCGAGCAUGGAACAUUCGGUGUUUCCCACACUCGUGUCCCGACCGAAUCUCGUCCAGGCCAUGUCGCUCUGAUCGCUGGAUUAUACGAGGAUGUCUCGGCUGUCGCAACUGGGUGGAAGAUGAACCCUGUCAACUUUGACAGUGUCUUCAACCGCAGUCGCCAUACCUGGAGCUGGGGCAGUCCCGAUAUCUUGCCCAUGUUUCAUUAUGGUGCUGUUCCAGGCAGAGUCGACGCCUCCUGGUAUGAACCCGAGUUUGAGGACUUCUCCAUGGAUGCUACGGAACUCGAUUACUGGGUGUUUAACCAUGUCAAGGACUUCUUUGCCGAAGCCGCCAAGAAUGGAACCCUCAAUGCUGCGCUUCAUGAAGACAAGUUGGUUUUCUUCCUUCAUCUGCUUGGACUCGACACCAGCGGGCACGGUUUCCGACCUUACUCUAAGGAAUACCUCAACAACCUGAAGGUGGUGGAUCAGGGCGUCAAGGAGAUUACCGAGCUCAUCCAGAACUUCUAUGCCGACGAUCGCACUGCCUUCGUCUUCACGGCUGACCAUGGCAUGACUGACUGGGGCAGCCACGGUGAUGGACACCCCGACAACACUAGGACUCCUCUCAUCUCCUGGGGAUCGGGCGUUGCGCCUCCUGAAUUGUACCCCAACUCGGUUGCCCCUGGACACGACGAGUACUCGGCAGACUGGGGUCUGGAUCAUGUACGCAGGCAUGAUGUUGCCCAAGCAGAUGUCGCCGCUCUCAUGGCAUACCUAAUUGGUGCCGAAUUUCCAGCUAACGGUGUUGGAGAACUUCCUUUGGAGUUCCUUUCAGCAAGCCCCAAGGAGAAGGCUGAGGCAUCCCUCGUCAACGCCCAGGUGAUCCUUGAGCAGUAUCGAGUAAAGGAGGAGAAGAAGAGAGCAACAGAACUCCGCUACCGACCUUAUGGACCUCUCAGUGAGGAGAACCUCAGCCCAGAGGAGCGCAUCAGCCGUAUCCGCGCUCUAGUCGAAGCUGGACAGUACGAAGAGGCCAUUGAAGAGUCGGACGCCUUGAUCGCCAUUGGACUUCAAGGUCUCCGUUACCUCCAAACAUAUGAUUGGUUAUUUUUGCGUGCUCUUAUCACUAUUGGCUACCUCGGCUGGAUCGCCUACGCUCUCACAACCGUCCUAAGUCUGUAUGUGCUUCAGCACAGUGUCCCAUCCCAACGCAAUCUUCUGGGCUUCUUCUUCUUCUCAUCUAUUCUUGUGGGGCUCUACGCAUCUUUCAUUGUUUCAAAGUCCCCUCCAACCUAUUACUUGUAUACUUUUUUCCCUGUCCUUUUCUGGGAAGAAGUGUACGCUCGCAGAAACAGCGUCUCCCAAGGAUGCCAGGCUCUGUUCGGACACAUCAAGUCAGGAGGAGCGGUGGCUGCGCUAAUCUUCAACAUCGUUCUUUACAUCGGCAUCAUUCAGUCUUUGGCGCUGGGAUACAUUCAUCGCGAGAUCUUGACUGGGCUGUUCGUGCUGGGUGCCUUCUGGCCUUUGACAUGCGGUAUCUCAUUCUUGAGAUCGCAUAUAUUCCUGAGCUUGCUCUGGUUCCUGUCUUGCCUGGCCAUGAGCACUUUUACGCUCUUGCCAGCUAUGAAGGUUGAAAAUAUCCCUCUCAUUUUGGUUGGUGGUGGCCUCAUAGCUCUUGUUGGUCUCGCAUACUUGGUCCUCGAGGACUUUAUCUUGUCAGACUUUUCGUCUUUCAAGACCAAGUCGAAGCGUCUUCACGGUAGCAGGACGGUACUUGGAGCACAGAUCGGACUCAUCAUUCUUUCGAUGAUAGUUACUCGGUCGAGUGCCAUGUCACUACAGGCUAGACUAGGCCUUCCACGCGGGAACCAAAUCAUGGGUUUCAUCAUUCUAUUUGCAUCUUUUCUUCUGCCCUUGGCAUACCGAUUACAGCCCAACAGUCACUAUAUGCACCGUCUUGUUGUCAUCUUCUUGACUUGCGCCCCGACGUUUGUUAUUCUGACCAUCUCCUACGAAAGCCUUUUCUACGUGGCUUUCAGCAUUACUCUACUGGCCUGGGUUCGUUUAGAAUACGCUUACCAGGCUUUCACACAGGGCAAGGCCAAGCGAGGUGUCGUUGCUGAACAGCAGAAGCGUGAGUUGGGGGCCUUCCGGCCUUUGACUCUAUCAGACGCACGAGUCUCACUCUUCUUCAUGGUAUUGCUCCAGUCAGCCUUUUUCAGCACGGGCAACGUUGCGUCCGUGGCCCAGUUCAGCUUAGAAAGCGUGAACCGGCUGUUUCCAGUCUUCGAUCCUGUCUCACAGGGUGCUUUGCUGAUUCUCAAGCUGAUGAUUCCUUUUGUGCUGAUCUCAGCCAACCUGGGGGUCUUGAAUAAGAGACUGGGGGUGGCGCCAUCAGCACUAUUCAUGGUGGUUCUAGCAGCAAGCGAUAUUCUGACGCUCUAUUUCUUCUGGGUUGUCAAGGAUGAGGGCUCGUGGCUGGAAAUUGGGUCCACCAUUAGCCACUUUGCCAUUGCAAGUGGCUUGUGCGUGUUUGUCGCGGCACUCGAGGGAGUCAGUGCCGUCUUCAUUGCUGGAAUUGAGAUUGAAGAUGGAGAGCAAGUGUCAACAAACGGAAAGCCAGUGUCGAGUCCAAAGACGAAUGGCAAGGCUUCGUCGACAGUAAAGGCAGAGUAG